CUUUUUUAAACUUGGAUUUAUCAAUCAAAAAAGAUUACGUCUACGCUUUUGAAUAAGUAAUACGAAAAAAAAGUGGAAAUGAAUUUUUGGUCAUAUUCGUGCUGAUUAUCGUUGGCGGCGCCACCUUGGCAGUGGGUGGCAUUAUCCUGGCCAAUGUAAUGACCGGAAUGGGUGAGCGGAUGGGGCUCGGCUGGUUCUUGUACACAUCGAAUCCUUUCCUGUGGUCCGGACUGGGAAUCUUCCUGUCCUGUGCCCUUUCCGUUUUGGGAGCGGCCAGUGGAAUCUACAUGAUUGGAUGCAGUGUGUCGGGCGGCGGCGUUCGAUCGCCUCGCAUCAAGACGAAGAACCUGAUCUCAGUCAUCUUCUGUGAGGCGGUGGCCAUCUACGGCCUGAUUACAGCCAUCCUGCUUUCUGGCUGUGUGACAAAGUUUACCGAUUUGCGACUAAUUACCGACAAGACGGUGAUCUCGACUAACAUGUUCACGGGAUUCGCCGUUUUUGGAGCUGGUCUGUGCGCAGGACUGGUGAAUGUUACCUGCGGCGUGACCGUGGGCAUCGUGGGAUCUGGAGCCGCCCUCUCGGAUGCAGCAAAUUCGGCGCUCUUCGUAAAGAUUCUCAUUGUAGAGAUCUUUGGCUCGGCCAUCGGACUGUUCGGUCUUAUCGUGGCCAUCUACAUGACCUCCAAGGCAGAGAUGAUAAGCUAGGCCCAUACAAUAAAGGUCUUUGAAUUGAUUGAAAAACUAACAUUUAUUAAAAAAUUUAA